GGCACAUAUCCAUCACAGCAAUUGACUGCGCUGAAUUUCGACGUCGUCGAGGACAAUAAAAAUGGUGGAUACGAGGAGGAGCAAACGCUGCAGUGCUAAUGUUAUAGCCGCCAAUUCCGAGGAGGACGGAGCAAUGGCUAAAGCAAAGCAUCAAAAGCUCAAUUCAAGCAGAGAAACAAAACCGACCUUCAUCAAAAAACGUGGAGGUAAACAGAACAAUGCCUGCGAGUUGCGGAGCCAACUCGAUUGUAUGGGAUUGAAGAUAAUCACAGUCACAGCAGACGGGAAUUGCCUGUUCAGGGCACUCGCAGAUCAGAUAGAAGGUGACGAGGACGAGCACGAAAAGUACAGAAAAAUGGCGGUAAAAUGUCUAAAGGAGAAUCCGAUGAUGUUUCAACCGUUUGUUGAGGAUGAGGUCCCCUUCAACAAAUACUGUGAAUCCAUGGCAAAAAAUGGCACUUGGGCGGGGAACUUGGAGUUGCAAGCGGCUUCGCUUGUCACACGCUGCAACAUUUGCAUUCACAGUCCUAUGUUGCCGCGAUUGUACAUUAGGAAUUUCAACGACAAUGAAGUUCGGAUGAUUCAUCUUUCUUAUCAUGAUGGGGAACAUUACAACAGCGUUCGGUUGAAGGAAGACACUUGUUCUGGACCAGCUAGGCCAAUUGUUAUAAAGGGAGAUGCUGAUGUUGUUGCUAAAUCAAGCAAAGCAAACUCAACUGCAAGCUCAAGGGAGGAAGGUGGAAGGAAUGCUGUUCCUGGGGAAUACAUUAAAUUGGUAAAGGCUGGAAGUGGAUGUGAAGAUACUGCAAAAGUUGAAGAGGUUUUACAUCAAGUUGGUGGUGAUGUUGAAUCGGCAAUAGAAUUCCUUAUUGCUGUACAGGGAAUAGAAGAUCAGAAGGCUGCUGAAGAUGAACAUCAAGUAGUGAACUCUGAGAAGGAUGGCGAGAAAGUUGAAGAGCGGACAUACAAACUCAACGUUUCUGGAAACAGUGGCGAUGCAUCUUCCAACAAGAAAAAUCAGCAAUCAGAUGAAAAGAAAAUUUCAAGAAACAAGGCUUGCCCCUGUGGCUCAAGAAAGAAGUAUAAGUCAUGCUGCGGCACAGCCAAGAAAUCUUCCUCCAAACUUCCAGUUAACCAAACAGUUGACUAUGGGAAGAGUAGGAAAGAUCGAAAGAAAGGUGGAAAAGGUGGAUCCACAACUUCGAGCUCGAGCUCCAUUCAAUCCGACGGAGGAGCGCCGCCUGACAUGGGUGCACUCUGCAUCUAAGUUCUAACCCAACUUCCAGACUGAGGGUGGAACUUGUCAAGAGGUGCAAUUGCUGAUACAUAUAUACAUACAGAUAAUAUAUUUAUAUAUAUAGAGAGAGGCAGAUUAAGAGAAAGAAGAUUGAAAGAUUGGAAUACAGUUUUAGAGAAGAAACAGACGAGUCCAUACAGAAGAGACAAGUUUUUGUUUUUCUGAGGUUGGCUGCUGUGGUAUAGCUAGAUUACAGUGUAUGUAAUUCUAGAACCAUAAAAUUAUGCAUUUUCAUUGAGACUUGCAUAUAUAUUUAUAUGCAUGUCUUCAAAAUGAUGAUAAUCUUAUAGCCAUUCAUCAUAAAUUAAACUUUCAAAUAAUAUAAUAAUGAUUGCAAAAAAAGUGGUUUGGAUCUUAGCUAGAGCACC